UUUUCGACACAUUUGCUUCGAUCAGUUCACGCAUGUGGUAGAGGAACUGCCACACCGGCUUCGAAAACGGGAAGUCUCGAGAGAGGUGUCUGUUGCGCUUUAGGAUAAGCUCAGCUCGCUGCCGCAAAGAUGUCCGGUGCCCUGAAGAGGUUUAUCCCUAUGUUUGACCGUGUACUGCUGCAGCGGGCAGAGGCCAUCACCAAAACCAAGGGUGGCAUCGUGAUCCCAGAGAAGGCGCAGCAGAAGGUGUCUGAGGCCACUGUGGUCGCAGUUGGUCCUGGCUUCAGGACAGACGAGGGCAAGACCGUGGCGCCUACGGUCAGCGUCGGCGACCGAGUGCUGCUGCCAGAGUUCGGCGGCACAAAGGUGACGCUGGACGACACCGACUACGUGCUCAUGCGAGACUCGGACCUGCUCGGCAAGUUCACCUCUUGAGCGACCGGCACCUGACCGGGGGUCACCACGCGCACGGGCGCCCCGACCGCCGCGCGCGCCCGCUAGCCAAGCCACUGUCUGGGCGCGUGCGGCGGUCUCAGCAGCGUGCGGCGGCCGGGCAGAGCGCCGCGGCUGCUCGGUCGUCGGGGCGGCCGAGUCUCAUCAUGUAUUCGCCCGUAGGUGGGGUAGGAGCAUUGUGUAGCGACUCUAAGGCGUAAGCCGUUUAUGUCAAGUGUAUGGGAUCCUCUGCGGAUGUCACAGUCAGGAGUGGUCCGUUUAUUUUGUAAUAUAUAUGAAAUGUGUCG